GUACUUUGCAUGCCCGGUUCAUCUCACUUCUCCUAAAGAUGACUCCAUUAUUCUGGAGAAGCACAAAGCGUUACACAGACAGCCACCUGGGGGUAGGGAUUUGAGGAAUCUUCCUCAUUAACGCUUACGUGUCCCAGGAACACCCAGAUUAUCUAGUCUGUAUCACAAGAUAGCAGCUCCCCAAUUCUGCUGUUGCCUCUGGCCACACUUAAGUUUCUGCCUUCCAAACUGUCCCCUUUCCUUUGCUUAACCUGUAGGGAGACAGUGAGGCUGCAACAAAAUAUAUCCUGUUGAAAGCUGGGGCUGCUUCAUGAUAGGAAAGGACUGGAACAACAUUUUCAGUCACUAUGAAGUACAACAGGGUGAGGAGCUGGAUCUGUUUGGCAGGCCCAGGUCCUUAUCUCCCUAUGCCCUGCAAGUCAAGUUUGACAUCUGGGCAGAGUUACCCACCUGCCAUUCACUUGACAUCACGGUGACCUCAGGUGACUCAUUUCUGCCUGUGCAGUUUGAAAUCAAACCAUAUGGGCAUAGGCACAGCGCCUUUGCUAACACCACUUUUACCUGCCACACACCUGACAUUAUAUAAAAUAUCAGACAUAGGGCAAUGAGUAGUGUUUGGCCAAAAUAGCCUGGCAGGCCUAAUCGGGACCGUGGGCAAAGGUUCCCCCACCUUGGAAGUAGAAUGUUAUAUACUAUGUUUCUCAUUUUUGAUUCUCCUAAACCACGGGUGAGAAGGCAAUGCUUCUCCCGAUAUCGCUGGACUGCAACUGCAAAUCAUCACUGACUAUUGGCCAUUCUUGGCUUGAGCUGAUGGCAGUUGGUGUCUGGCAGCAUCUGAAGGGUUAAUAUUAUUAUUAUUAUUAUUAUUAUUACCCAAACUCCCACUCAUCUGGCUGGGUUUCCCCAGCGAUUCUGGGUGGCUACCAACAGAAUUAAUGAUAAUAAAAAAGUGAUAACACAACAGACAUUAAAAACUUCCCUAAAGAGGGCUGCCUUCAGAUGUCUUCUAAAAGUCAGAUAGUUGUUUAUUUCCUUGACAUCUGAUGGGAGGGUGUUCCACAGGGUGGGCACCACUACCAAGAAGGCCCUCUGCUUGGUUCCCUGCAACCUCACUUCUCACAGUGAGGGAACCACCAGAAGGCCCUCAGAGCUGGACCUCAGUGUCUGGGCUAAACAGUGGGGGUGGAGACGCUCCUUCAGGUAUACUGGGCCGAGGCUGUUUAGGGGUUAUCCUUGCUUUAAGCAAAUACUGGUCCUUCCAACUCUACAAUUGAUUCUAAGCUAUCAAACAAUCGCCUACUAAAGAAAAAUACAAGGCAUUUGUUUUCUAGAGUACCUAACUAGACUUACUAAGGAAUGAUUUACAACCUGUAAAACUCAGAAGUUCCUAUGACGCUAGCCUACCUACUCUAAAAUGGCAAAGAAAAAAAGGGGUUACUGAAUCAUACAAAUCACAUGGCAAAUAUAUCCUUAACUCUGCUACUUUGAACUCCCUUAUCAGUAGCACUUCCCUUGAAAGUUUUUCACUGCUCUAUAAUAAAUCACUCUGCUCCAUUUUCAACAAAUUAUGGAAGAAAUAAUUCUGAAAGCUAAGGAAACAAAGGUGAUCCACAUGUACAAACACAUGUAUAUGGUUGAGCACAAUCUUUGAAUUGGGACCAACCAAAAUAUCACAAUAUUGUGGCAAUAUUGAAUGGGGGCUGGAGAAGAAAUAACCAAAACAAAUUAGAGUAGAUAUUGUAGGCUCGGUUCCAAGAUGGGGACCACAGACUGAGCACCACCCCCUCUCAGGUGCUGAUGUUAACAGAUGACAGGUUUAAGAUUCUGGCUGUUCCAGCUGCUGAGAAAUUAAAGUUAUGCUUCCUGCUGGCCAAGUAGUUUUACAACAACAAACAUAAAAGUAUUAAUAUUAAUUAUAGUUUAUCCUACAUACUUAGAUGCAGCCACAAACGUUUAGGUGCUGGGCAAAAUUAAAACACAUUGGAAGUGUCAGCAAUCCAAUCCCCAACACGAGACCAAUUUUCACUACUUCUACAAAUAGUGCUAGCUUAGCGUAUUUAUAAAGCCACUGUACUUCAGCUGCAUACAUUUUUACUGUAUCUUAACAAAGCAACUUCUGUCUGGACAUGUUACAAGAUUAUAGAAAGCCCUUCAUGACUAUGUCACAUGACACUCUUGUACAAGGCGUAUCACAAAGGGAACCUAGGACCAUUACAGCUUUGAGAAUCUGCACAAUAAAGUGCUACUAGCCUCUAGUAUCUCAUACAACACCAUGAGGGCAGAAUAUUGCUUUAGGUACAAAGUGUUUAACGUGCUGAGCUAGCAGGACUGAUCAGUAAUUUACAUACAGAGGACAAUCUCUAAUAUAUGUUUUUUCUCUAGGUGGUGGGGCCUUUGAAAGCACCUUGGGCCUGGAAGAUCUCAGGCAGCCAGCAUAAUUGCCACGAAACAGAUUGCACAUUAUUCUCACUUCCUCACAUCCAUGCUGCAGCUCACUUUUUGAUGUCAAUUGGAGCUUUCUUCAAUGUCAGCCUCAUUCAGUAUUCUACAGUAGUCCACCCUUAAGGCUGCAAAACUAUUAAUAUGUACGAUCACUUUGCUUGAACAAAACUGAUGUUUUAAAUUACGUUUUUGUGGAUCUUGACCUGAUUUUAUCCUUAUAUGCUACACUCUGCCUUCCAUUUUUAAAAAAGGAAAU